AUGGCGUCGCCGUCGCUGGCGAAGCGGCGGUCGUCGCUCUGGGCGCGCUACGAGGCCGCGUGCCGGGACGCGGCGCUGCUCGAGAAGCGGGCGGCGCCGAUCCCGUCGGGCCUGAGCUCGCUGCGGCCGCCGGCCUGGGAGGCGGGCGACCUCGAGCAGCUCGAGUCGGCGUCGGCGCUCGACGCGUGGCUCGAGGCGCGGCGCGGCGAGCUCGAGGCCUACGCGGCGCGCCUCGCGGCGAGCCAGCACGACCGCGCGGGCGACGCGGCGCCCGCGGCGGAGCCCGAGGCCGUCGCCGCGGCGUGCGCGGCGCACCGCGUCGGCGGCGGCGAGCUCCGGGCGCUCCGGUCCCACUUCGGCGCCUACGACCCGGAGCGGCGCGGCGCCGUCGACGCCGCCGACGUCGGCCCCCUCCUCCGCGACAUGGGCGGCGACUACGACGACGCCGAAGUCCGCGCGAUCCGCCGCCGCGUCGACGCGGCCGGCGACGGCGUCGUGCCCUUCGCGGCCUUCCUCGCGUGGUGGGCCGGCGGCCUCGACGGCCCCGCGCCCGGCGACGGCCCGGCGCCCGCGCCCGCGGCGGCGCCGCCGCGCGCGGCGCCGACCCGCGAGCUCCGGAGCGGCGGCAUCGCCGAGUGCGGCUCUUGCGCGCCGCCGGACGCCUUCCGGAGCGCCGAGGUCGCGCCGGGCGUCUACCUCCACGCGACGGCGGCCGGCGGGGCCUGGACCUUCGCCGUCGAGCGCUGCGGCCUCGCCGCCGUCGAGGUCCGCGCGGACUUGGGCGGCUCGCGGAACCUGGCCGCGGACGCGCCGCCCGGCGCCGUCGUCGCGGCGCCCUUCGCCCUCGUGCGCCUCGCCGGCGCCGCCGUCGAGGCGCCGGGCGAGCCCUGGCGCCUCCGCUGCGCCCUCGCGUACCGCGACGCGUCCGCGGGAGAGGCGCCGGCCGCGGCGGCGUUCGAGGCCGACGGCGCCUACGUCGACGGCGCGUUCCCGCCGGCGCCCGAGUCCAUCGCCCGCGACGCCGCGGACCCGCUCCGGGCCGCGCCCGUCGCCUGGCGGCGCUGCCUCGGCGGACACGACGAGGCCGCGCGGCGCGCGGCGCUCUUCGGGCCCGCGCGCGCGCGGCCCGGCGACGCGCGCGGGGGGCUGCUCGAGGACCGCUGGCUCUGCGGCGCCAUGAACGCCCUCGCGGAGCGGCCCGACGCCGUCGAGGCCUGCUUCCCGGCCCUCGACGGGCCCCACGAGGUGGCCUGCCGCCUCUUCCUGCGGGGCACGGCCCGAACGGUCGCCGUCGACGAUCUCGCGCCGUGCCACGCGGGCGCCGGCGGCGGCGUGCUCUUCACGGCCUGCGGCGACCGGGACAAGGCCUGGGCCCAGCUCCUCGAGAAGGCCGCGGCCAAGGCCUUCGGGUCCUACGCGGCGCUCCGGCGCGGCUGGGCCUACGAGGGCCUGCUCGCGCUCACGGGCGCGCCGUGCGAGGCCGUGCGCUUCGGCGACGCGCGCGUGCGCCGCGACCUCGAGUCCGGCGACCUCUGGGCGAAGCUGCGCUUCUGGCUCGACUCCGGGUCGCUCGUGACGGCGUCGACGCCCGACGACGACGACGGCGACGCGCGCGCGGACACGGUCUACACGCUCCUCCGCGCCGCGGACGUGCUCGGCGGCGCCGACGGCCACGAGCGGCGCCAGGCGCUGCUCCUGCGGGACGCCGGCGGCGUCGGCCCGCCGGACGGCGUCGUCGACGAGGCGCCGCGCGACGGCGGCGACCGCCGCAAGGAGCCGGGCACGUUCUGGAUGGACUGGCGCGCGGCCGCGGCGACCUUCGCGCUCCUCAGCGCGUGCCACCUGAACCCGAGCGGCGGCGGCGCCUGGCGCACGGCGUCCCUCGACGCGUCGCUCGCCGAGGGCGACGCAGCGGCGUACGCGGACCUCGUCCUCUCCGGCGGCGGCGCGCCCGCGGACUGCUACGUCGCCGCGCACCAGGCGGACGAGCGCGGCGACGGCGCCGACGCCUACGUGGACCUCGCGCUCGUCGUCCUGCGGCGCCGCGACGGCGGCGGCUACGACCUCGUCGACGCCGCGUUCCCGUCGCUCGAGCGCCAGGUCGCGACGCCGCGGCUCCUCCUGGGCCCGGGCGCCUACGUCGUCAUCGCCUGGUCCUCGGGCGCGCGGCUCCGCGGCGGGCGCGCCGCGGACGUGUCCAUCGUCGUCCACGCGGCGACGGACGCGCCGCUGGCCCUGUCGCCCGCGCCGGCGGACGCGGCGGCGCUCGGCGACGCCGUCGACGUCGCGCUCAGGACGCUCGGGGACGCGUCGCCCUACCCGGAGCACGGCUUCACGAUCCACGCGCUCACGGCCGGGGGCAACGGCGUGUCCUUCGCCGUCGAGAACCUGGGGGAGAAGCCCCUCGACUUCACGAUGGACUGCGGGAACGCGCGGAACGCCGCGAGCCACCGAGGGUCGCUCCAGCACACCGCGGCCGUCGCGCCGGGCGCGCUCGCGCUCCUCCACCACCUCUCGCCCGCGGGGCCGGGCCUCUGGUCCUGGUCCUACGAGUGCGAGUGGCACGAGGCCGGCGCCGCGCCCGCGCCGCGGGAGCAUGACGCGCGCGACGGCGGCCCGUUCCGACCGACGCUCGCCUACUAA